CUAAUAGUACUAUUAAUUUGACUGUGACCUGAUACAGCGUAAAUAUGGAGCCGGUAAAAGGUUUUUAUCUACAUAGUUGUGAAUAUCUAAAUGACACAAUGUAACAAUAUAAUAUGUGACCGGAAGGAAAGAAAACCUGUCGUGUCUCGGCCCUCCAUAGCAUUAGUUUGACGCCAUUGCUGUAGACAGUAACGCCCAUGCGCAGAAGUGAGCUCUCGGGGUCACUUCCGGCAACAAGGUGUCUACGGCGGGAACACGGACGGAUAGACAACUUCAAAAGUCGGUCGUUAGACAAAGCUCAUUGGCAGAGCGCAUCAGACGUGUGUGGUGACGUCAUCAAAGCCCUGUUGGCACAGCACGUGCGAGACGACGACGACGACCACGAGACGCGACCGCACUUCCUGUUUACUGUUUACUCCCUACGACAUAAUAGCUGGCCCGUGAAAGCGUGCUAGCAUUAGCACAUUUACUGUAUUCAUUAAGUAUUAAUUGUAAUAAAAUAAAAACAACUGACUGAGGAGAGACUAACAGGCUUGUUGGGAGCUUCCCCUCCCCACCGUUGUUGCCACGGUAACAAGGCUGUUAGCUGUUAGAUGAUGAUCGGGAUAUGGAUGAUGGAUGUAAAGGCUAAACGAUGAAGUGCCACACUCAGGUGCUUGCUAAGGCAACUCCACAUCAACCUCGCUUGCCCUCUGCCUGUCUGGCCCAUCCAGGUCGUCCCCUGUAGAGACGGCCAAACAUGUCCAAGAGGUUGAUCCAAAACCUCACCAAGGCCAUCUAUAAACAUGUGCACCAUUUCAAUCAAACAGAGGUCGAGUGCCUCAUUCGGGAGUUUUACAAUUUGCUGGGACAGCCGACGAGCUCCGGGAAAAGCGACAACAACUUGGAAGAACGAAAGUUCAAGGCCAUUCUGAAGAACGAAUUUGGACUCACCAACGACAUCCUCAUGGAACGAGUCUUCAGGAAGUUUGACAAAGACAACGACGGCUUUGUCAGCGUCAAAGAGUGGGUGGAGGGCCUGUGCGUGUUCCUUCGUGGCUCCUUGGAUGAGAAAAUGAAAUACUGCUUUCAGGUGUACGACCUGAGCGGCGACGAGCACAUCUCCAGGGAGGAGAUGCUGCUGAUGACGAGGAACUGCCUGCGCCUCCACGGGGAGGAGGACCCGUUCGAUGGGAUCAAAGACCUGGUGGAGAUCACACUCAAGAGGAUGGACCACGACAACGACGAGAAGCUGUCCUUUGACGACUACGAAAAGUCAGUCAAAGAGUUGAACAUCGUGCUGGAGGCUUUUGGGACCUGCCUGCCCAGCGCCACGAGGGUUGAAGCGUUUGAACAGCGUGUAUUUCAGGAUAAGUCAGACCGCAGAUGACUUCCACCCCCUCAAAUCUUUUAUUAUACAUAUCAUCCACGGCUCUUUGUGUUCCACUGAAAAAUGUGUAAAUAAAAAUAUUUUUCUAACAUCAUGCAGAAUGCUGUAUUUUGAACAGAAUCAUUUCUGAAGUGGAUCAAUUAACAUUUAUGGCGGUUAAUCAGUUUAGAGCCCUCAGGCAGGGAAUACCACCCCAUGCUAAGGGAGCUGAGUGUGGGGCGGACAGGAAAUGAGAUCAGAGUUGAGCUUUAGCUUGGCGUGGCUUACGGCCCGCAGUGGACCUAUCCAGUGAUGUAACGUGUGGAGGUUCUACACAGUAUGGACUCAAAGGGGUUCCUCAUCAAGUGACCCGUUAUGUCGCCAUGGUUACACAAAAUGGUCCAAACUAUACACAACCCACAAUAGAACAAUAAAUGUGAAGAAUAAUAGAAUGGCUUUGCUUUGUAUGCCUGUAAUAAAAUAUCUAAAAAUCAAAAAAUUUUGUAAAAAAUCUAAAUUC